CCACAUGCUGCAGCUGAAAAGGCAGUUGGUGCUGGCAGUUGGGUGGCUGAAAAAAAUGCUGCUGAGAGGGACGGUGCUGAGUGUCCUAAUGCUGGGCCUCUGAUAUCUGAGGAGAGGAGAAGAAGCUGAGGAGCAGCCAAAAAGAGGGACUAGAAGUGAGGAGUGGCUUGUCUGUGUGACGCCCAGUGCUGCUGACUAUAUAACUGAUGACUGUAUUGCCCUGUGUAACCUGCUGCACCAGGCCAGCUGAGUUUGUGCAGAUGUUUCCAUGGUGAUGGUGUACACAGUAACCGGGAAGCGUCAUCGGCUGGGCAGGCUUGUCAGUGUGAGAUGACGCAAACGGAUGUCCGCCCCCGGGGCUCCGGGGAUCAUGCACGUGUGGUGAUAUUUUUGUGUAUAAAGCAGCACAAUCUCCUCAACUCUGCGACUUGUAAAUGAAUCAGAAGCUUUGAAUGGAAACCAAUCAGAUAGCCUAUUUGACUGCAAUUGCUUGCUUGUCAGAGUUACAAUAACAUUGGAAGAGGGAUCCUCUUGAUAAGAACAGAUAUAGCUGUGAAGUUACUAUACUGUAAGCUUUGGGAAGAAUGCAAUGACAGCAUCCUGCUGGACAUAGAUUAAUAUACUUAAUGUGUAUACAUACUUUGUACUAAGAAGCUAAUACUGGAAGAAAGGAUCAUAAAGUUGAAGCUGCUUUUUUUCUAAGCAAAUAAUGAAGGCUCAUUACAAUUUACAUUUGAUCAUGUGUACUAAUAUAAUUCUUAUGACACAUGCAACACCUUUGGAUAGAACUUCAUUGGAUUACAUCCCCAGAGAAAAGCGCAGCUUAUCUGAAGAUGACAUGACAGUCUUGCAUCGUUCAAAGCGGGGCUGGAUGUGGAACCAAUUUUUUUUGCUUGAGGAAUACACAGGUUCAGAAACACAAUAUGUAGGAAAGUUGUAUACAGAUCAAGAUAAAGGAGAUGGAAAUUUAAAGUACAUUUUAUCAGGAGAUGGAGCUGGCAGUGUGUUUACUAUAGAUGAAAAUACUGGAGACAUUCAAGCUGCAAAGAGAUUGGAUAGAGAAGAAAAGGCUACUUACAUACUUCGUGCCAAAGCAAUAGACAAAAAGACAGGAAGACAAGUAGAACCCGAAUCUGAAUUUAUUAUUAAAAUCCAUGACAUUAAUGAUAAUGAACCAAAGUUUACCCAGGAUAUUUAUACUGCUACUAUCCCUGAAAUGUCAGAAGUUGGUACCUCUGUAAUUCAGGUGACUGCCAUAGAUGAUGAUGACCCUUCAUAUGGAAAUAGUGCAAGAGUUGUAUAUAGCAUUAUACAAGGACAACCAUAUUUCUCAGUUGAUCCUGAUACAGGCAUAAUCAAAACUGCUCUGCCAGAUAUGAGCAGAGAGAACAGGGAACAUUACCAAGUGGUUAUUCAGGCCAAAGAUAUGGGUGGCCAGAUGGGAGGAUUAUCUGGGACCACCACGGUGAACAUCACACUGACUGAUGUCAAUGACAAUCCGCCUAGAUUCCCACAGAGUAUCUACCAGUUUGUCUGUUUAGAGUCUGCAUACUUAGGAACAGCAAUUGGCAGAAUAAAAGCCAAUGAUGCAGACAUGGGGAAGAAUGCUGAGAUUAUAUACAGUAUUAUUGAUGGAAAUGCCAAAGACUUAUUUGAGAUAAUCACAGAACAGAAUACACAGGAUGGAAUCAUAAUGGUUAAAAAGCUGCUGGACUUUGAAAGUCAUAAAAUGCACACAUUUGAGGUUGAAGCUGCUAAUACUUAUGAAGACCCAAGAUUUACACACCUUAGGUCGUUUAAGGAUACAGCUAUUGUGAAAGUUCUGCUACAAGAUGUAGACGAGGCUCCCAUUUUUAAUAGACCUUUUUAUGUAUUUGAAGUAAAUGAAGAUAUCAAAGAAGGAAGCAUAAUUGGCCAUGUAACUGCUCGGGAUCCUGAUUCUGCAAACACUUCUCUAACAUAUAGUAUUGACCACAACACAGACCUGGAGGGAAUAUUUCAAAUAAACUCAUCGAAUGGGUCUUUAACUUUAGUCAAAUCUCUUGACCGUGAAACAACACCAUGGCAAAACAUAACAAUAUUGGCAACAGAGACAAAAAAUCCCAAUCUUAGUGGACAUGUUCAAGUGUAUAUUAAGUUAUUGGAUAUUAAUGAUCAUGCACCAGAAUUUGCACAACAUUAUGAGACUUUUGUGUGUGAAAAUGCAAAGCCGGGUCAGCUUAUUCAAACAGUAAGUGCUAAAGACAAAGAUGAACCUCCUCGGGGACAUAAAUUUUUCUUUGAAAUGGUGCCAGAAUUUUCUGUGAAUCCAAACUUUACAGUUCUCGACAAUAAAGACAACACAGCAAGUAUUUUAACAAAAAGAAACAGAUAUAAUCGGCAUAAAAUAAAUACAUAUACCUUGCCAAUAAUGAUUUUUGACAAUGAUUAUCCGGUUCAAAGCAGUACUGAAACAUUGACAAUACAAGUAUGUGCCUGUGACAACAAAGGAAAUGUGCAUUCAUGCAAUGCAGAGGCUUUCUUACUUCCAGUUGGAUUGAGCACCGGUGCAUUAAUUGCGAUUUUACUUUGCAUCAUCAUACUUCUUACAUUAGUGGUCCUUUUUGCAGCGUUAAAGAGACACAGAAAAAAAGAGCCAUUAAUAGUAUCAAAGGAUAAUGUACGAGAUAAUGUUGUCACCUAUAAUGACGAAGGAGGAGGUGAAGAAGAUACACAAGCAUUUGAUAUUGGUGCACUAAGACAUCCUGAAGCCAGAGAGGAAACUAAAUACAGAAGAGACAUCAUCCCCGACAGUAUAUUUCAUAUACAAAGGACAAUUCCUCUAUGGGAAAAUGUUGAUGUGCAAGAAUUUAUUCAAAUGAGAAUAAAAGAAAAUGAUGCAGAUACAACUGCUCCUCCUUAUGACUCACUGGCAACUUAUGCUUAUGAAGGUAAUGAUUCAAUUGCCGAGUCACUAAGCUCCUUAGAAUCACUUGCAGUUGAUGAGACUCAUGAUUAUCAUUAUCUUAAUGACUGGGGGCCUCAUUUUAAAAAACUGGCAGAUAUGUAUGGAUAUGAAAGUGACUAAUGCACUUUUUGUAAUUUUAUAUACAUUUAACAUUUAUUCCUGAGGAGGGCAAUGAGAUAAUUUCAAAUACCACAAGGUCUAUGUGAGUGCUAGAAUUUCUGCUCAUAUACAUAUGUGUCUUUUUACACCAAGCGUCAAUAUGCAAGGAGUGAGACAUAUGCCAUGACUUGUCUUUACAUGCAGGGAAACAUCACCCAGUCUGCACAACUGAUGCUAGGUUGCAAUUAUAAGUGCACAGGAAUUAAUUUUUAACAUGUACAAAGUCGCAGAUGAAACACAAGAAAACUUGGUGUGGAAGAAAGUCACUGCAUAAUAGCACUUUGUCUACAGAUGCAGACUCAUUUGCGCACAGAUGUACAAAUGUCACACAUUAAGUUCAUUAGUGUAAUCUAUCAAAGUAGUUUUGUCACAUAAAGUUGUUUUAUUACUGUGAAUAAGAUGAACAUUUUGAGUGAACAAGGAGCUUAGUGCUGCCGAGUCACAUGGGACAUGGCAUGCAGAGAGGCGCUGAUUGGUACAACUGCAGCAAUGGUGUAUGAGGAUAAAUCUGUGUGUGUGUACAGUAUAUGUAUAUAUUUAUACAGUUAGGUCUCCAUGAGAGUGCAUCAAAUGCAGCAAUCAUUAUUUUUUAUUGCACAAUGAUUCUUUAAAAUACAAAAUGCAGAAAGAUAUACAGAUAUUACAUCAUGCAGCAGUAAGAUACAUACAGUACUUUAUGAGUAAUUGAUCAACGUUUCAGGACCCUUCCCUCAGGUUUAUCUAAGUACUGCAUGUGUUUGUCAUAGAGGAAAUAAUAGCAACAUUCAGACACAUUAGAUAAAAAAAAUUAAAUCUAAAAUGAUCUCUCUGCUCCUAGAUGAAAAAUUCUGAGUUGUCCAGAUUAAUGAAGGCACAGGUGUGUUCGAAAUAUAUUGAGCAUUAUGUUUGACUUUUAGCAGUAAAUAUAUAUAU